CUUAUACUUUGCUGCCAACCACGACGUAGAGUCCAAUUACACUAAUGACUCUACGCAGCGCGGAAACGCGCAGAAGACGAUUAGUUGGGCGGCCUCUACUGCUCACUGUCACUGUCUUCCUGUCUAUCGGUGUCUUUCUUUUUGGCUACGAUCAAGGCGUUAUGUCCGGUAUCAUCACUGGACCUCAUUUCAUGAAAUACUUCGAUAGGCCAGGCCCUAUACAAGUAGGAAGUAUGGUCGCCGUAUUGGAAGUUGGUGCUUUCGCAACAUCUCUAGCCGCUGGUCGAGUAGGAGACAUCAUUGGUAGAAAAGGCACGCUUUUCAUUGGCGCUCUCGUUUUCACCAUUGGUGGUGCUAUCCAGACGUUUACAACGGGGUUCUCCGUGAUGGUGCUUGGACGAAUCGUCAGCGGAGCUGGGGUUGGGCUACUUUCGACAAUUGUGCCAAUAUAUCAAAGCGAGAUUUCACCCCCAGAUCAUAGAGGUGCUCUAGCCGCAGCUGAAUUCACGGGCAACGUCUUUGGUUACUCCAUUUCUGUUUGGACGGAUUACUUCUGCUCAUACAUCGAUUCGGACUACUCGUGGAGGAUACCUUUGUUGGUUCAAUGCGCUAUAGGCGCGCUUUUGGCUGCGGGAAGCCUGGUUAUGCCCGAAUCUCCAAGGUGGCUAAUCGACACUGACAAGGAUGACGAAGGCCUUCGUGUCAUUGCUGACCUGCAUGGUGGAGAUUUAGACAAUCCCGUUGCAAAGGCAGAAUAUCGAGAAAUCAAGGAUAAAGUAAUUUUAGAGCGGGAAUUCGGGGAAGGAAGGUCCUAUGGAAUGAUGUGGCGCAAAUACAAGCAGAGGGUCCUACUUGCAAUGUCUUCGCAAGCAUUCGCUCAAUUGAACGGAAUAAACGUCAUAUCCUAUUAUGCACCUAAGGUGUUCGAAGAGGCUGGCUGGCUAGGACGUCAAGCUAUACUAAUGUCUGGUAUCAAUUCAAUUGUGUACGUUCUCAGUACUCUACCCCCAUGGUAUUUGAUAGAUCGUUGGGGACGGCGGCCUAUCUUGCUUUCUGGCGCUGUGAUUAUGGCUAUUGCUCUAUUUGCGACUGGCUACUUCAUGUAUCUAGAUCAUCCAGAAACCCCCAACGCUGUUGUUGUCUGUGUCAUCAUCUUCAAUGCAGCGUUUGGCUACAGUUGGGGCCCAAUUCCAUGGUUGUAUCCCCCCGAGAUCAUGCCUUUGACUGUACGAGCAAAAGGAGUCUCAUUGUCAACCGCAACAAAUUGGGCGUUCAACUUUCUCGUGGGAGAGAUUACUCCCUACCUACAGGAGGUCAUUACUUGGAAGCUUUACAUUAUGCAUGCAUUCUUUUGUUGUUGCAGUUUUAUUCUGGUUUAUUUCCUCUAUCCUGAAACGAAAGGCGUUACCUUGGAGGACAUGGAUGCUGUGUUUGGUGAAGCUGGGACAAGCAAAUUGCCAAUUGCGCUUAGUUCUGUUCCAGAGCGUUCGACUUUGCUUCCCCCAAGCUCAAUCUACCCUCCAAAUCAAUCUAGAGUGCAAAGGAACAGUCAAUCAAAUUCGAACUCCCAUAGUUGGCUGGGACGACUUUUCAAGCGGAAUAAUAGUCGCAGGGACAUUCAGGAGUACCAAGCCCUCAAUGUGGAUGAAGAGGAGAUGACAUUGUCGAUAUCAGACGGAGGUGGAUUUGCUAGGCGUAUAGAGGACGAGGACGAGGACGACGAUGUCAGGGGAUAUGAGGUCGUGGGUAGAGAUGUAGGUGCCAGAUAAUAGGACAUGUAUGAUUAUACCUUUUAUCCUAUACUAGUACAUCUUAUACAGUCAUAAUCGUGUAAUUAUUUAUUCUCCUGGAGUCCUUUAUAACAAGUUACAACUUCAUACAUACAUACCCUGGCUACAAAUCAAUUUAAUGUACGCG